CAUGGGGAAACGCAAGAGAAGCCGAUCCAGCGACAAACUAUCGCGUAGAGACUUACAAAAAACAAUUAAUGAGCUUCGCGAUAGACUAAACAGGCAGGAGCGAGAUCGUAGGUCCCAUUCACGUCGGCACAGUCGAAGCAUUUCUCCGAGGAGGCCCCGCUCUAGUUCGCGCAGUCGAUCCUUAGUACAGGACCGUACUUCGAUAAAAAGAAGGGGGGUGCCAGAUUCGGAGGAUCGUAACCACAAUUAUACGACUCGGAAACGUCGAACUUUGGACAAACCGACUUCCGAAUAUCAAUACUCUAGGAAUUCAUCGAGAGAACGUCGGGUUUCGCACAGCCCAACUUCCAAUCGAUACCAAAAUCCUAGAAAUACAUCGAGAGAGCGUCGGGUUUUGAACAGCCCGACUUCUUCACGAUUUUCAAAAGAAAAAAUAGACCGACGUAGCAUGAGCCGAGCCUCGUACGACUCGGCGAGUGUCACCAGUGGUAAAAGCCCGGCAUCGAACUGUCCGGCUAUAAACCAAGACCAUCCGGAACUGGAUGACCUAGAUACACUCGUACUCCAAGACGACAUAAAUUUACAAGCUGAAAACACUGAGAAUGAGGCGGAGCAACUUCCAGAGUGCAUUAAAGAGGUAUUAGGCAUUGACACUGACACAGAAACAAAACAGUCCUAUCAUCUCAAUGAUGCCAUAAGACAAGUUUGGUCACAAACAAUAGCCCAAGGCAUAGGAAAGGAAAAUAUGGAUCAAAUUUUGGAUCGCCAUAGGCCUCCCAAUAAUUUUCCUACUCUUGAUCCUCCAAAAGUCAACCCGGAAGUUGCUCACAUUCUUUCUCAAGCAUAUGUUAAGAGGGACCAAUGCCAUGCAAGAUAUCAGCUAUUGGUGGGAAAAAGUACAAGUGCGCUUGGCAAAUGCAUGAAUUAUGUCAUCAAUGAAAUCAAGAAUAAUGUUGAUUCUGAUCUAAAAAUGCACUUGCUACCACAUCUAGCAGAUGUGGGCACAUUCAUGACCCAGCUAUUCCAUGAGAUCUCGACGACCCGUAGGGAAUAUAUUUCACAACUUCUCUCCAAAUCGGUGAAAGAUACCAUCAAAGAGACUAUUCCGGGGGAAUAUCUAUACGGCACCGAUUUGGCAGAAAAGAUUAAAAUGGCAAAAAUUGCAGAAAAAGCUGGGAACGACUUAAGACAAGACGGUUAUAGCAACAAGGCAGGGCCACCCGGCAUCAGAAGAGGGGGGGGGCACACCUCUCAGCGCCAGCAUGGUACCUCCAAAACUGCAUACAAUGCUCGUACUCCAUAUAAAGCGACUAGCUACCGCCCGUCUUUAAACAGGCAACGCCCGCCUCGCCUGUCAGGGAGGGACUCGGGGCCGAGGAAAGGGCAAACCUCCAAGCAAAGUCGCCCCCCAGGGAGCAGAUACCAAUAA